AUGUCGAAAGCUUAUGAUAGGGUUGAAUGGAGCUUUCUCGAAUUGUUAAAGAAAAAAAUGGGGUUUCGGGUCCAUUUUAUCAAGCUCAUAAUGACUUGUAUAUCAUUUGCUUCUCUCACUUUUUUAAUUACCGGAGCACCUACUGGGUUCCUACAGCCGCAACGAGGUCUUCUCCAGGGUGAUCCCCUAUCCCCGUAUUUAUUUCUUAUUUGUUCUGAGGGGUUCUCUGCUCUUAUUAAGCGUGGGAUUCGUAAUAAGGCUAUCUCGGGUGGCAGAAUUUGCAAAAGUGGCCCUCGCAUCAAUCAUCUACUGUUUGCGGACGAUAGUGUGCUAUUUAUCAAGGCUACGGUUCAGGAGGGCGAAGCUGUGAAGCGUAUUACUAGCUCCUAUGAGCAGGCAUCCAGUCAGAUUGUCAAUAUUGACAAAUCUGGAAAACAUUUCAGCACUGGAGUCAGUCAAGCUAGUAGAGAGGUUCUUCACCAUCUGUUGGGGUUCAGGGUGGUCGAUCGUUUCAACAAAUAUCUUCGUAUGCCUAUGUUGAUUGGUCUUUCAAAGAAGCCAAUUUUUGCUUUUAUCCGUGAUCGCCUGCACAAACAUAUGCUCAGGUGGAAAGAAAGAUUCAUGUCAAAAGCAUGUAAAGAGGUUCUAAUUAAAUCCAUAGCUCAGUCUAUACCGACCUAUAUCAUGAGUUUCUUCGCGCUUCCGGUUUCUUUUUGCAAUGAGAUGCGCGGGAUCAUCUCGAAGUUUUGGUGGAGUGGAACGGAUGACAAAAAAAAUAUUGCUUGGCCGUUAUGUGCUCGGGCUUUCAAGGAAAAGUACUACUCGAGUACUGCAUUUGAGCUGGCCGGUCUGAGACAAGGUUCAAGCUUUAUCUGGCAGAGCAUAAUCGAAGAGAAGCGUGUUCUUGAUACCGGGCUUGCAUGGAGGAUAGGGAAUGGAGAAUCUGUUGACAUUUUGAAUGACAAAUGGAUUACUUCAGCGAACUAUAUGAGACCGAUCGGCAGUUCAAAUAUUCAUACUGGGUGCAAGGUUAAUCACUUCCUUAAUAGUGAUGGGUCAUGGGAUAUUGAUAAGCUGACAGCUUUGUUUUCCACCAAGGAUAGGGAGAACAUUCUGAAGAUUCCUUUUAGUAGGAACCUCCCUCUAUAUAAACUAUUUCGGACGUAUAAAAAAAAUGGUUUUCUCUAUAAAAUCUGGAGGAUCCUUCAUGAUUAUUUGCCUGUCAAUGUGAAACUUGCCCACAGAAUACCAGACGUCUCCAAGUUUUGCCCUAUGUGCGGUGUCGAAGAAGAGACUCAGCUGCAUGUAAUGAAAAACUGUAAGGUGGUCUGGGGUCUUUGGAUGUUAUCCCCGUUGAAUAUUCAUGUAGAUAGGGCCCACUAUGCGAGCGUGACAGACUGGAUAAAAGAGUUGUUCUCAGCGUUGAAGGAAAAAGAUGCCAAGGUUUUUGUUUUGAGCUUAUUGACGAUAUGGACUGAUCGCAAUAAUCUGGUUUUUGGAAAUGUUAGACCUCCUCCCAUGUCUCUAUCCAGGCACAUUGUUCCCAUGCAAAUUUCUAACUCGGACUCUCACCGGCUGUCAAUGGCGCUUAGACCAGAAGUCGCUCCCAAUUGGAUUCCACCCCCAAGUCGCUCCAUAAAGGUCAAUACUGAUGCAGCUAUGUCAAAUAGAGGCAACUUUUCAAUGGCUAGUGCUUCUGCUCGCAAACGAGCUUGUUUAUUACUUAUCGAGCUUAUUCGUGAACAAGCUCACUUACCUGGAGAUGUUGUCUAUUGUGAGUCAGAUGCAGCUACAGCCAAUAUCGUUAAACGACUCCUUAACCCUACUUGUGCUAUCGAUCCAAUUCAGCUUAUCGUUGACGACUGUUCUAUUGCUAUGAGAGCUCGCAUGGGUCAGUUCAACCACGUUCGAAGACAAUGUAAUCAAGUAGCUCAUGCUCUUGCUAAAUGGGGUAUAUUCAUAGACGGUGAAGUUCCUUUCUCGGUCAAUGAACUUGUUAAUUACGUUACUUAA